UGGGAGAGGAUGACAGGUUCCAUACUGGAUAUGCAGUGGUCACACCACAUGAGGUAGUCAUUGCUGAACCACUCCCUCCACACAUGUCUGCGCAGGAGGCAGAGCUGAAGGCACACGCUGAGGCGUGUAAACUAGCUCUGGGGAAGAAGGCAAACAUCUACAUGGAUUCCAGGUAUGCUUUUGGUAUUGUGCAUGAUUAUGGACCAAUAUGGCGGGCCAGAGACUUUUUGACAUCAGCAGGCCAGCCAAUUAAGAACAAAGACUCUGUGUUUGAAUUAAUGAACUCUUUGUUACUACCUGAAGAAGUUGCUAUCAUAAAGGUAAAGGCUCAUACCAAGCACCUCACGACAGAGGCAAGAGGCAAUGACUGGGCAGAUAAGGCAGCCAAGCAAGCUGCACUCCAGCCAUUGAAUGCCAAAGCCACCCCGGUAAGAGCCUUGAAACCCAUGAAAGUGUCCAGAGAGACUCUAAUCAAGUUCUUUGAGCAAGCCUCACCUGAGGAAAAAGACUUGUGGACAAAGCAAGGAGAUAGCCCUGAUGGUGAGGGUCUGUGGAGAAAUAAGGGCAGAGUGUGUCUUCCCUGCCCCACGUAUCCAGCUAUGGCACAGGAGGCCCAUGGGCCUACUCAUCUGUCAAAAAGUGCCAUGGUAAGUGUGGUAAAUGAAGGGUGGAUUGCCCCAGGGUUCUCCACAACAGCUGCUCGAUUUGUGCAAGGAUGUAUGGUCUGUGCAUUGAACAAUCCCGGCCAGGUGGUGAAGACUCCAAGCAAGCACACCCCCAGACCACUUUACCCAUUCCAGAGACUGCAGAUAGAUUAUAUACAGCUGCCUAAGAUCCUGACUCAGUAGAAGGAACUCACAGUCUGCAAUCAGGUGACUGGGUGGUGAUAAAGAGGCAUGUGAGAAAAGGCCUGGAUCCCAGAUUUGAUGGUGAGUUCUGCAGACUACACACACAGCGGUGAAAGUGGAGGGAAAACCCAACUGGAUUCAUGCCUCACACUGCAAGAA